AUGCCAAACACGGGUGUCUUCUGCCGCUUUCAUCAAUUCAGCGGCCAUGACACCGAAUCUUGUGUUGCCUUGCGCAACAUAAUUGAAGGGCUCAUCCGCGAGGGAAAGCUGGACAACUAUGUACGCAACAUACCAGCCCCGCCUAACCCUCACCAACGACAAAUCAACAUGAUCUCCACCAUCAGCGGAGGUCCUACCCUGGCUGGCACCUCCAACAACUCCAUCAAACAUUAUGUCUGCUCCACCUAUGCGCACCAGGUCUUCAGCACCGAGCAGGGACGCUUGCCAAAGACCCACAGGACUGGCUGGGCCCCCAUUACCUUCUGCGAGGAGGAGGAGGAGCAUGGUGUUAUCCUCCCCCAUGACGAUCCACUCAUUAUCCGGGCUGACAUUUCUAACUUCGACGUUGGGCGUAUCCUGGUGGACACUGGCAGCUCGGUCAGUGUAAUGUUUGCCGAGGCCUUCAAUGAACUCCAGGUCCCGCCUCACCUACUCGACCGAAACAUCACACCCCUUGUGAGCUUCUCGGGUGAUGUGGUCCAGCCCAUUGGCAGCAUUCAUCUCCCUAUCUCAAUUGGGGCCGCACCCCAGCGGACGACGAUCACUACCCCCUUCCUUAUCGUCGAUUGCCCCACAGCCUACAACGUCAUCCUCGGCCGCCCAGCCCUGGCCCAAAUGAGAGCUUUUAUUUCCACGCAUAUGCUGCUGUUGAAGUUUCCCACUCCUAAUGGCCCAGGCACGGUGCGCGGCGACCAACUCGGGGCCCGAAGCUGCUAUGCUUCAGCAGUAAAAUCCACCAAUCGCCAACCUAGGAGCGAGGCCCUUUCGGUAACCAUGGCUCCCGCCCCUCCUCAAGCUGGCACAGAACCACCUGAAGACCCAAGGGAGGAGUCCAUCGCACCACAGGCCGAACCCAUGGAGGGCCUGGAGCUGGUUACCCUCCAUGACGAUAUCCCGGAUCGACAAGUCCGGAUCGGCACCUCCAUCUCGCCAGAACUUCGCUCUGACUUGGUCGCCUUCCUCCGCCUCAACUCCGAAGUCUUCGCAUGGUCCUACAAUGACAUGCCUGGCAUAUCACCAGACAUCAUAUCCCAUAGGCUUAGCGUCAAUCCUGCCGUCAGACCAGUCCGACAGAAGCGCCGCGCUUAUGAUCCCGAGCGCUAUGAGGCCAUGAGGGCGGAGGUGGAUCGAUUGAGCAACAUCGGAUUCAUCAGGGAGGUUGAUUAUCCUACAUGGCUGUCUAACGUCGUGAUGGUCCGCAAGCCAAGAAAGGGCUGGCGCAUGUGUGUCGACUACACCAAUCUUAAUCGGGCUUGCCCAAAGGACAGCUUCCCGUUACCCCGCAUUGACCAGUUAGUCGACGCCACAGCCGGCCACGCCCUCCUUAGCUUCAUGGAUGCUUAUUCAGGUUACAACCAGAUCUUCAUGCACCCCGAAGAUCAGGCCCACACCUCUUUCAUUACGGACCGCGGCCUCUACUGCUAUAAGGUGAUGCCCUUUGGCCUCAAAAACGCCGGGGCUACUUAUCAGCGUCUGGUGAACCACCUCUUCGCCCCCUUGAUUGGCAAUACCAUGGAGGUCUAUGUCGAUGACAUGCUAGUCAAGAGUCGCACGGCUGACCAACACAUCCCUAACCUCUCUGCCAUGUUCACCAUCCUGAAGCAGUACAAAAUGAGGCUUAACCCCACCAAAUGUGCAUUCGGGGUGGCUUCCGGCAAAUUCCUGGGCUUCAUGAUCAGCCAGAGAGGUAUUGAGGCCAAUCCAGAAAAGAUCCAGGCCAUCUUAGACAUGACGGUACCUAAGACGGUCAAAGAUAUCCAAAGCCUUACAGGGCGUGUCGCAGCCCUGACCAGAUUUAUCUCCAAAGCCACUGACCGCUGCGCCCCAUUCUUCAAGGCCCUUAAAGGCACCAAAAGAAACAUCACCUGGACUGCUGAAUGCGACACGGCUUUCAGCGAGCUCAAGGAGUAUAUGGGCCGGGCCCCUUUAUUGUCAACCCCUGAGCACGGAGACAUCCUCGUGAUUUAUCUCUCCAUCUCAGCUUCGGCUGUUAGCUCUGUGCUCAUCCGAUCAAAAGACAACGCGGAACACCCAGUGCAUUAUGUUAGUAAAGCAUUGCAAGAUGCCGAAGUUCGGUACCCGGACAUCGAAAAAUUGGCGUUCGCCCUGGUCGUCUCAGCAAGACGCCUCCGACCAUAUUUCCAAGCUCACACCAUCCAUGUCUUAACCAACCAACCACUCCGACAGGUGUUGCAGAACCCAGAAACUUCUGGGAGGCUGGUCAAAUGGGCCAUUGAACUGGGCGAGUUUGAUCUUCAUUACAAACCCCGCCCGGCUAUGAGGGGACAGGCCGUUGCUGACUUCUUAUCCGAAUUCACGGAGCCUCAAGCUUCGGCAGCCAUCCAGCCCAUAACCGAACCUAAUCCCCCUCCCAGCCAGGACCAAACCCCCACCGAAGGCAAUCUCGACCUAACCCAGCCCCUGUGGACCUUAUUCGUAGACGGCUCUUCUAAUGCCCAGGGCUGUGGGGCCGGCCUUGUUCUCAUCUCCCCAGACAAGGUUGCCCUCGAGUACGCCCUUCGCUUCAAAUUCCAAGCCUCCAACAAUGAGGCCGAAUAUGAAGCACUCUUAGCUGGUCUUCGAUUAGCCAAAGAGAUGGACGCCAGGCAAAUUCAGAUAUUCAGCGAUUCACAACUCGUGGUCCACCAGGUCAACCAGGACUUCACGGCUAAGGAUGCCUCUAUGACGGCCUACCUCCAGCGCGUUCGGCACUUGCUGGCGACCUUCCACGCCCACUCUAUCAGGCAAGUGCCGCGCUCCGAGAAUAGCCAUGCCGAUGCACUAGCCAGGUUGGCAUCAGCCUUGGAACAAGGAAUGGGUCGCCACAUCCACAUCGAGUUUUUGGCCCAGCCCAGCACACAAGCCCCACUCAUCUGCACUAUUGAUCACAGCCCUACAUGGAUGGACCCCAUCCUCCAGUUCUUACAGAACCGAACACUACCGGCUAAUCCGGCAGAAGCACGACGCGUUCGCCAUCGCUCUGCCCGUUUCCUGAUCAUUAACGGCUCCUUAUACAAGCGGGGUUUCAGCCUUCCUUACCUCCGAUGCCUGACUCCAGAGGAGGGUCACUAUGUCCUCCGAGAAAUCCAUGAAGGCAUAUGCGGUAACCACUCGGGCGCACGCUCGCUGGCCCAUAAGGCAAUCCGCCAAGGAUACUUCUGGCCAUCGCUCCACACUGACGCCCAGGAAUUCACCCAGAAAUGCGACAAGUGUCAGCGAUUUGCCAACAUUCCACAACUCCCGGCUGAACCGUUGACUGCCAUCGUCAGCCCUUGGCCAUUUGCCCAAUGGGGACUGGAUCUCAUUGGACCUAUGCCAGAGGGCAAGGGCCAAGUCAAGUAUGCAGUCGUGGCCGUAGACUACUUCACCAAGUGGGCUGAGGCCGAAGCCUUGGCCACCAUCACUGCGGCUCGCAUCGAAUCCUUUGUGUGGCAAAACAUUGUAUGUCGCUUCGGCAUCCCUAACUCCAUCGUCACCGACAAUGGCCGGCAAUUUGACAACGCCAAAUUCAAACAAUUUUGUUCCAACCUCAAGAUUCGUCUAUGUUUCGCCUCCCCAGCCCAUCCUCAGUCCAAUGGCCAGCUUCGUGAUUCCACAGGCAAGACGCUGCCUCACCCGUGGAAUGCUGACCACCUCAAGUAUUAUUACAAGUAA